CAACACUACCACUUUAGUCCACAGGGGGCACCAGAACCAACACUACCACUUUAGUCCACAGGGGGCACCAGAACCUACACUACAUGAAACACCCAAUCACCUUUCCCUGUGACCUGAGCACACAUCGCCAAGGUUACCUGCAGGGUGGGCGUGUCAGAUCAAACUGCCCUCUGCUUCAGUAACAACAAACAGAGGAACAAUAGAGCCCCACCCCUCCUCACCUGCUCAGGUGUGUCUCUGAGCAAUCGGGCAGGUUCGUUCAGUCACAUCUGAUUUAGGUUUUAACGGCAAGCUGCUCCCUGGAUCCAGACGGCAUGUUCACCUGCCCACAGGUGACAGGGCUCCUGACGGGGCCUCGGCCCCCCACAACAUCCAGGACAUGGAGCUGAGGGAGGAGUGGCAGGAUGACGGCUUCCCCCGGCCUCUCCCAGAGGAUUGUGGGAGUCCAGAGGACGCGGACGCAGACGAGCAGCCAGCUCCGCCCAGCAGCCUCGCCCUAUCGGGGACCAUUGAGGGCGGGGCUAAGAAGCGGCUGGUGGCCCCGUCCCUCAGCCUCACUCUGAGCCGCAGAGACUCUCACGACGGCUUCUCCGCCGCCGCGCUGUCGGCGACGCCCGAGGAGACGCCGUCCCUCGACAUCAACCUGGAGGCCCUGGAGACGCCGUCCGGCAGCGAGACCGGCACGCUGCCGGACGGCGUCCACGAGCUGGAGUGGGAGGAUGACCUCCCCCGGAUGGCGAGGGCUGGGGGCGUGGCCAGGAGCCCGUUGGAGCAGAACGAGGGUCUGAUGGAUCUGGACCAGGUGGACACCAGAGGGCGCCGCUGGAGGACGUUCUUCUUCUCUGGACAUGAAUUCCAAGUCAACAUGAGCGUCCUGGAACCGUACCUGCAGGUCCUGUCACAUGGAGGUUACUAUGGAGACGAGAUGAACGCCGUCGUCCUGUUCACCGCCUGCUACCUGCCGGAGAACACGGUGGAGAACUACGAGUACGUCAUGGACAACCUGUUCAGGUACAUUGUGGGGACCCUGGACCUGAUGGUUUCAGAGAACUACCUGCUGGUCUGCUUUUGUGCCGUGGCUCCCAGAAACAAGCUGCCCUCCAUGAAGUGGCUCCACCGGUGCUACGCUUCCAUCGACAGGAGGCUGAAGAAGGACCUCAAGGGGCUGCUGGUCGUCCAUCCGGCCUGGUCCAUCAAAGCCCUGCUCACUGUGAUCAAACCCUUCAUCAGUGAGAAGUUCAGCACUAAGAUCCGGUUCAUCAGGAGUCUUCAUGAGUUGUCUCAGAUCAUCCCGACGGCAACAUUGCAGAUCCCAGACGUAGUACGGCAGUUUGAUGAGACGUUGAACAGAUGACGAUCACAGAAGUCGACAGACUGGAUGGUUACGAAAAGGUCAAGGGUCAUCUCAUCCUGAUGACCUUUGACCUCCUGCCUGUACAGAACAAAGACUCUGGGUUUAUUUAGUUAAUGAAUCAGGGUGGGUAAGUUUCUACCUGCAGAGCUGAUAGUGAAGCAUCAUGUGACCUCGUACGAGGGAACCAUUGAAUCAGCUGCUGCAGAAGGAACAAAAGAAUUGACUUUGUGUUUGUGGACUUGAAUACAGUUUGAUGACAGCAGCGAAGCACAUUGUAACACAUUGUAACACACUGAAGCACAUUGUAACACAUUGUAACACACUGAAGCACAUUGAAACACAUUGAAACACACUGAAGCACAU